AUUCUGUCCAGCUUUUACGGAAUACCCCCUGAAUUGUAGUUUUAUUUAUGAUUCAUUUUCACCAGUUGAAAGUUAUCAAAUACCUUGGUUAAAUUAUACUCUAAUCAGUAAAGAUUAGUAUGGAAUAAUAAUAAAGAAUGUUUGGAAAAAAGAAAACUACAGAGAAACGACAAUCUUCAGCUGGCAGAGGCCAAGCUUUGAUGCAGCAAAUGGGACUAGCGAUCCCGGACAGUGGUGAUCUUACGGCGACACCUUCGAACAAUUUUAACGAGAAUGAUGACGAAGACUUGGAAGCUGAAUUGGCAGCAUUAGCUGGAGAGCAGGUGAAAGAGAGCAAAUCUCAAAAAAAAGCCAAACGUUCCGUUCCGAAGAGUAUAAGUGAAAAAGAGUUACAAAAGAUUAUUUCCAACGUUGACGAACCAAUCGAUCUCGAAGUGUCUGAUUCAGAUGAUCCUGAAAUAGAGGAUGAGUUAGAGAUGCUUGCAAUGGAAGCUAGUGGUCCGUCGUCUCCGAAAAGAUCUCCUGAAAAAAUCCCCGAUGCGACAAUGAAUCCUUUAAAUAGUGGACCUACAAUUGUUCAAGUUAUUGAAGAAAGGCUCGUAAUGUAUAGAACAGCUCAGCAAAAUGCUAGAACAGCUCAUGAUCAGAGUAAAGCUCGCAGAAUGGAUAGAGGAAUAAAGACCUUACAAGAACAACUGAAACGAGCUAAAUCAGGAAAUAUGAUUAGUAACGAAGAUAUACCUCCGGCUGUUACUGUUAGCACUUCAAAUCAUAAUUUAGCUGCUUCUGCACAAUCACAAUCUCAAGCUCAACCUAAGCCUGAACCAGUGAAAAUUUACAAUGAAGAGCGCGAAAGUCCACGGCAAACAGAGCCCAAACCCGUUGCUGUAGCACCGCCGUCCUUACCAGUGCAACAAAAUGAUUCUGCAAGAGUUGUUAAAGAAAGAGGUUUAUUAUAUAAACAAGCGGCACUUAAGGCCAAAGAAAGAGGUGAUUUAGAGACUGCUAGAAAGUAUUUAAGUACUUCCAAACAAUUUGAUACUGUCCUAGAGGCUAUGAUGAAAGGUGAAGCUGUAGAUUUAAGCAAAAUGCCUCCCCCUCCACCCACAACAUCAUCUGAUCAACAAGAGCCUCAAAUUGAUCUUGAUCCGCAAGCAGAAGAGGAAGCAAAAAAGUUAUUAGGAGUUCCAGAGGCACCCCGUAAUAUUUUACAAGCUUUACAGCAGCGUAAAGAAAAGUAUGCGUCUGAAUUAGCUAAGGCUGAAGAAGCAAAGAACAACAGCAAAAGUCGACGCUUUAAACGAAUUGUUAAACAAUAUGAGGAGGCAAUUAAGGCACAUAAGACUGGAAGACAAGUUGAUUUCGAAGAACUUCCAUGCCCACCCGGCUUUCCUGCUAUACCUAUGCAAACAAAUGAGCCUGUGCAACCGGUGGUGUCAAAUGUAAAGCCAUUAUCUCCCCUCCCACUGCCAACACCAAAACCAGUUGAGCAAAAAGUUGUUAAAAAAGCGGCUCCAUUACCUCCAAAAUCUGGAACAAACCUCUCACGAGCAGCCCAACAACGUCAAAUUCUUCAAAGACGACAGAUGGAGUAUAAGUAUGCUGCAGCAGAGGCAAAGAAAAAAGGUGACCUCGAAUCAGCAAAAGAUUCAUUGAGAGUAUAUUUAGGGCUGAAGAAUAUGGUUGAAGCGAGUGAAAAAGGCUUGCCAGUCGAUAUGAGUAAUUUGCCUCCUCCACCUUUAAAGCAAAGUGAACCACAAUGCUUUAUAGACGAACCGGAAGGUGAUAGAGAAGAAGUUUACAAAAAAUUAGAGCAAGAUCUUAUCGAUCAAAUUAGAAUGUGCGAAACGAACCACGAACAUUUCCUGAAACUUGGAGAUAUUAAUAUGUCAAAUAAAUUGGAUGAAUGGGCAAAAUGUGCUCGAAAGGAUCUGGGGGCGUUGAAAAAUGCAUUUCAACACAACGAUCCACCUCCAAGAUCAUGCGCAGAUUUGGGAGAUAAUGAUAUGGAAUUGCAUGUUGUAAAAGGAAUAAAUUUAUCUCUUCCAGAUGGCUAUUCUCCUCAUCAAUUAAAUACCUACUUGAAAUAUGAAUUCCCUAUUCCGAAGGAUGAACCUCAAACUGGAGAAUUAGGCUCAACAGUAAAAGGAACAAAUAAUCCUGAAUAUGAUUUUUCUACCAAGUUAAAUAUACAAAGAAAAUCAUCUGCUUUCCAGAGACAAAUUAAACAUAAAAAUCUGAAAGUUGAUGUCUAUUACAAAAGAGGUUUCAUGAAAAGCGACAAACUACUGGGCAGUGUUUCAAUUAAGCUGAUCGAUCUGGAAAGUCAUUGCGAGUUACAUGGAAUGCACGAUUUGUAUGAAGGAAGAAAGGCAGUCGGUGGAAAAUUAGAAGUGAAAGUUCGAAUUCGGACGCCUCUUAGUGGAAAAAGUCAAAUUGAACAUGUCAAUCAAAGAUGGCUUGUUCUCGAUACCUUUGCUCAAGCUCAUUCUAUAGCAAUGAACACAUCAAAUUACGCUCAGGGACAAAAGUAAGUUUCUUUGAUUAAUUUUUCUUUAUUCUCUUCUCUUUCCGUUUUGCUACUACCAUAGCUGAAUGGAGAUGAUACGAGUUUUAUGUGCAUUGUUAGUCUUUUAGAGGGAAAAUAAUUUAGAGCCUGCCAUUGUUCAUUUGAGUAUCGGUUUUAUAACGUGGAAAUAGAGUAAUCUAAUGAUGGAGACCAUCAGGCUCGCUCUAAUAGUUUCUUAUUUUAUCAUCUUAAAUAUGAAAUCAUAAUAUAGUAUUAACCUACUCGUACUUUUUCCGUAAUAGUGUAAAACUAUUUAAGUCACAUUGCAUGUAUAUAAAUUCUUGGCGGCAGGAAUGUUAAAUCGAAGGCUUGCGCCAUCUUGUGACUUCCCCAUCGAAGCCGACACCUCUCGGUCCCAGUGCAGACGCGAAGGAACAUUUUCAUCUGAACUCUAAUAAUUGUUAACUGCAAGUCUUGUUUAUUUAAAAAAGAUCACAGUAUUAUUUCUUGAAAGCAAAAUUUACAAUAAUUUCAUUGAUUUGUCAAUUUCAAUUGGCUUUUUACCUGCUGUAUCUUGUUUAAAGAGGAAUUCUCCUCCUCAGAAGUCGGGAAGUGGAAUGUUAUCCUUGGACGUGAUUAAAUUUGAAAAAGAGAGACUCCGAGAACUCAGCAGUCGUCCGAAUAUUGAUUCCGCAUCAAGCGCUCGGUUUUCUAAAGAAUACAAAUUAUACGAACAGAUCGAACAGGAAAUUCGUAAAAAACUAAAAGAUCAAAUUAAUUUGAAGCAAUAUAAGAUUGAUAUUGAGAUCUCAAUUGAGAAGUAUAAAUGCGAAUGUCUAAGGAUUGCUAGGACAGGUGAUAAGGAUGAAGCUAGAAUUUUUGCUAUAAAGAAAAAAAUUGCAGAGGAAGAGCUAGCUAGGAUAAAUGCAAAGUAGAUAUAUGAAAGAUUAGUUAAAGAGAAGAGGGUAUUUUUCAAUUUAUAUUUUCAAUGGUCAGAUUAAAAAUAUAUAGUUCAAAUUAAUCUUUACAUUAUCAGAGAAAUACAUUUAUCGGAUAUAUUUUCUGUCCUAGCGUUCAUUAAUAAAUUUUUUUCUGAAUGAAAUGCUAAUUUCUCUGUUCAAUACUAACAAAUACUAAGGAUAUUUUUUGAUUUGAAAUAUUAUCUUAUAAUUUUUAAUAAAUAUUGAAUUCGA